AUGAGCCGUAAAUGGUUCGACUGCGCCGAUUGCCAUCAUGAACAGGAGGACCACGAGCUUCGGAAGACGCUCGAAAUGACAUUUGCCUGCAAAAAGUGCAAGAAGUGCUUCCGCAAGGAUGUCCAGGAGUUCGAAGAGGCUGACGAGUACUGCCCACACUGCGACAACCAUUUUGUACUCGAUGCCGUGACUCCAAAGGCUGCCCUCACAGUCGAGGCUGAGGAUGCUAGGGUAGAUAACAGAAUGCUCAAGUCGGGCGAUGAUAGAAUCAAGGGUGAGAAGCAGCGCACAAUAUUCGACCCAGAAAUCGAAGCAGACAAACUAGGCUAG